AUGGAACAGCAAGAACAAGGUACUCCAGGCGAUCGAGAUGAGAAUAAGGAAAAACCCGUUCCGGUGCCACUUACAUUGGAAAAUUUACAAUAUUUUGACUUAAGAGAAUAUGCAAUCAAAGUGAUUCAAAUAGCGUACAUUCAACUGAAAUGUUUGAGAAAAAUGGCGAUGGUGCGGGCACGCCAACUCAGAAACAUACGCCAAAGACCAUCGUACAGUGCUUACAUGGACCAUCGUGCCAAAGACGAACGUUGGAUCGAUGAGCUAGUACACGAAAUAAACAUGCUUGAAAAAGAACAGUCGGAUCCGGAACACUGCGCAGAAUUAUGGCACCCACGACUGCACAGCUCUGAGUGGAUCAAAGACCAUAACGAAACGACUGCCAAACCACGGCAGGUGGUAAAAUCAAAAUCGCGAAAUGAUAAGAAGCGCGUGUUAUGA